AACAAUAUAAACGUCAUUGUGAAGUUCAAACUCUAACUUCAGUCUUAAGUAAAUACAAUGUAAUCGAUAUGAAUUACAUUUUGUUUUCAAGUACUUGCUACAUUUCUACAUUGAAAUAAAUCUGUUCUAAUCUCGUCUCAGUUCACUAACGACUGUUUAGUGACUAGGUAUACUCUGAAGUCUGAUUUACUGUUCAUUAUUUUUCUCAUAAGGAACACAGAAAUCAUUUUAAAAUGAGUUUAAGAACAAAUACUAAUGACCAUCGGUUAAAAGCCAGUGGAGAAGAUCACUUACUUCUGCAAGAAAAUGUAGUCAAAAAUGGAAAUACUUUACUAUCCAUGAAUUCAACCAUGAAUUCAAAAGUGCAACCAACUAAACAUAAUUCAUUUACAAGUGUUGCUUCUGAGCAAGUACCAGUACGUUUGACUCCAGCUUGGGAAGAAAAUAAUUUACCGAACGACGAACUUAACUUUAAAACAUUCAGUAUGGAUGAUGCCGUGUUAGAGACUGACCCUCCAAAAGACAGAUGGAAUAUUGUGUAUUUGAUCUUAGUUCUACACGGAAUAGGAAUAUUAAUGCCUUGGAAUAUGUUUAUAAAUGCUAAAUCUUAUUUCGUGGAUUACAAGUUGGGGAAUGAAUAUUUAGGUCAAGAUCUGCAUUAUGCAUCCAUUUUCAUGGCUUACUUGACUAUUGGGUCACAGCUACCUAGUCUUCUAUUCAAUUGGCUCAACAUAUUUUGUCCAAUAGGCGGCAAAUUGACAACUCGAAUUGUAUGGUCUAUUCUUACUGAGGUACUUUGUUUUGUUUUUACUGUUGCGUUGGUCAUGAUUAAUACCUCUCAAAUACCAGCUCUAUUUUUCUGGUCAACUCUGGGCAGUAUAGUAUUAUUAAAUAUGGCAAAUGGUAUUUACAACAAUUCUGUUUUUGGAAUGGCAGCAAAACUCCCCACAAAAUAUAUUGGAGCUGUAGUUCUUGGUACAAAUUUAAGUGGUACAUUUACAUCUAUUGCUAACAUUGCGUCAAUUUCAAUUACUCCAGAUGCUCGAACUGCUGCUAUAUAUUAUUUUACCACUGCACUUUUUGUGUUGCUUGCCUGUUUUGAUACAUAUUUUGCAUUGCCAUUAAAUAGAUUUUAUAAGUACCAUGAACUCAUUUAUCAACGACAAAUUGAAAAUCAAGAUUCUAAACAAGGUGGAGAAAAUGAUAAAGUUCCUUAUUGGCGUAUUUUUAAACAAGCCAGUCCACAAUUACUUAAUGUAUUUUUUGUAUUCUUUGUGACUCUUUCAAUAUUUCCAGCAGUUCAUUCAGAUAUUAAAAAGUCAAAUAAAGAUUUUAUUUUUGGAGAUACAUAUUAUACCAGUGUAAUGUGUUUUUUGACAUUCAAUGUAUGCGCACUUUUUGGAACAUAUCUUUCUACAUUGGUUUCAUGGCCAAAGCCAAAAUGGCUUUUUAUUCCUGUGGUACUAAGAGUUAUUCUUAUUCCAUUAUUUUUGAUUUGUAAUUACCACCCAAUUGGUGUUACAAGAGUAAUGCCAGUCUUAAUAGAAAAUGAUUAUGUAUUUUGGGCAUUAGGAGCAAUCCUUGGAUUAUCUAGUGGUUAUUACAGUUCUGUAGCGAUGAUGUAUACCCCAAGCUGUGUUGAACCAAGGUACAGUGGCGUUGCAGGUAUGUUUGGAGCUGCUAUGCUGCUCACUGGAAUUUGUAGCGGGAUACUCUUCGGAAUGAUAACACCAUUUAUAGUACAUCAUGUAUCUAUAUAAAAAUGUUUAAAAAUCGACCUAUUCUUAUGCAUAUUGUAUUUAAACAAAUCAGACAUUGAUAAUAAGUAUGUUAAUUUAAUAUAGAUACAGGCGCGGAUCGAAAUAAUUUUUUUAGGAAGAGAGUCAACUUAAACAGCCCAAUAUUAUUUACCUACUUCUCUUAUCAUCCAUAAUAAUAUAAAAUAUUCAAAUAAUAAUGUUUGAUCGAUGUUUUUGAUGGACAAUCGUCAUACAUUUUUAGAUAUGUGCCUGUAUUUAGGUGUUACAGAAAUGUUAACUGAAUGAGAAAUUAAAGAUUUAAUGUGAAGUAUGUUGUAUGAUAAAUCCCUGAUCUCUUAUUCAUUACAUUUUUCCGAAACAACCUGUAUUAGUUGCUCAAUUAUAUUAAAUAUCAUACUUUAUAUUUUAUAACCUAAUUUAUGAUUUGAGCAAGUGAAAUUGCAAUAAUUAUAUUAUAUAAGUUUUUAAGUUUAAUUUCACAAAAACCUAGUACUAGAAUAUGUACACAAGACUUAAAAAAAAAAAAAAUGUUUGUGUUUCGA